AUUCUGGCCGUGUGAUGCCAGCUGCACUGUGACGCGUGUUGGGGCGCCUAUGAGAGACGGGACCGGGACAGGAGCCCUGUGGCUAUGUGGUAGGGGAAUGCCACCAACUCCCUGAGGAGCAGCCGUGUGGUAUGAUUGAUGCUGUUCUAGAAGCUCAGAAUAUCUAUGAACGCGAUAGGCAAGGCCCCCAUAUGCCAAGGCCCUCAUAUGCUAGCCUUGACUCAAGGAAAACUGUAGGAUGGGGUGAACAAAAAUUGUUUGCUGGCCCCCAGGAUACUAACUAGACCUUUGGCCUGACUCACAGGACACUAAGGCUCCUUUUCUGAAGAAGCCUUUUACCAGUCUCAUUUAGGGGAUGGGAACAACAUGUCUUCACCUAGGGACUUUAGAGCAGAGUCUGGUUUUUGAAAAUAAAGUUAACUCAGAGAAGGUAAAACUUUCUCUUCGGAAUUUCCCACAUAAUGAUUAUGAGGAUGUUUUUGAAGAGCCUUCAGAAAGUGGCAGUGAUCCCAGCAUGUGGACAGCCAGAGGCCCCUUCAGAAGAGACAGGUGGAGCAGUGAGGAUGAGGAGGCUGCAGGGCCGUCACAGACUCUCUCCCCUCUACUUUCUGAUACACGCAAAAUUGUUUCUGAAGGAGAACUAGAUCAGUUGGCUCAGAUUCGGCCAUUAAUAUUCAAUUUUCAUGAGCAGACAGCCAUCAAGGAUUGUUUGAAAAUCCUUGAGAAAAAAACAGCAGCAUAUGAUAUCAUGCAGGAAUUUAUGGCUUUAGAACUUAAGAAUCUGCCUGGUGAGUUCAACUCUGGGAAUCAACCAAGCAACAGAGAAAAAAACAGAUACCGAGAUAUUCUUCCAUAUGAUUCAACACGCGUUCCUCUUGGAAAAAGCAAGGACUACAUCAAUGCUAGUUAUAUUAGAAUAGUCAAUUGUGGAGAAGAGUAUUUUUAUAUCGCUACUCAAGGACCACUGCUGAGCACCAUAGAUGACUUUUGGCAAAUGGUGUUGGAAAAUAAUUUGAAUGUUAUUGCCAUGAUAACCAGAGAGAUAGAAGGUGGAAUUAUCAAAUGCUACCAUUACUGGCCCAUUUCUCUGAAGAAGCCAUUGGAAUUGAAACACUUCCGUGUAUUCCUGGAGAACUACCAGAUACUUCAAUAUUUCAUCAUUCGAAUGUUUCAAGUUGUGGAGAAGUCCACGGGAACUAGUCACUCUGUAAAACAUUUGCAGUUCACCAAGUGGCCAGACCAUGGCACUCCUGCCUCAGCAGAUAGCUUCAUAAAAUAUAUUCGUUAUGCAAGGAAGAGCCACCUUACAGGACCCAUGGUUGUUCACUGCAGUGCUGGCAUAGGCCGGACAGGGGUGUUCCUAUGUGUGGAUGUCGUGUUCUGUGCCAUCGUAAAGAACUGUUCAUUCAACAUCAUGGAUAUAGUGGCCCAAAUGAGAGAACAACGUUCUGGCAUGGUUCAGACGAAGGAGCAGUAUCACUUUUGUUACAAUAUUGUGCUUGAAGUUCUUCGGAAACUUCUGACUUUGGAUUAAGAAAGACUUCUGUUGCCUCUCACUUGAAAUUACCAAGUGGGUUUGCGCCUCCUCAUAAAGAACCUGUUUGCACUGUGCUGAAGGGCUUUGCUAUGCAUACAAUCUGCUUUCUUGGUUUAUCAGUUUAUUUUCUUUCUAAAAGCUCCCUGAAGGGCAAUAUCAUUUGGCUUGGGGUGAACAGUGUUUACUUAUUGAUCUUGCUAGACAAUAUCAAAAUAACUUCCCACAUUUUCCAGUGAAACAGAUGUUACAUAAAACGAUUGCAGCUUGGCUAUUUGGUUGAAGGGAUUACAGAGCCCAAUAAAGGAUUUAAAAUAUAUUCAUUAAGAUUUUAUUUGGAAAGGUGGCUGGAGAGAGCUGAGGAUUUCCAGGACUUUAUAAGUUCUUAUUGUGGGAGAACAUAAGGCCAAUAGUCAUGACCUCUUCCAGGCAUUUUUAAGACAGAUGUCUAUUCAUGUUCUUUAGCUAGAGCCUGUACUUCUUGCUGGCAUCUGAAUAACCCAGUUUAAAAAGAGUCCAGUUAGGGUGGACUAACUUUGGACACAAAUUGGCUUCCAUUUCCUACAUUUUCACACUGCUGCCUUCCUACAGCUGCUAGACCAAGACCUGUUGGUCUGGGAAGCAUUUCAUGGAUAGGGAGAGCUCCUCUCGGUGAACAGUCCAAAACUAAAAUAGAUGUUUAUAUAGAAAGCCCAAGAGGAGAUUUUUGCCAUGCCUGAGUUCUUUCCUAUCCCACCCUAACACUUAACAUAUUACUUAGUCUGCUUUGUUAAAAGCAAGUAUUACCUGUAACUUGCCUCUUACUCUUUGCCCUUUAGCUAACUAAUAAAGUUUGAUAUAGGCAUUAUUAUAUAAUUCUGAGUCAUUCAUGGUAUCUCUCAUGUUUGAUGUAUUUUUCAAACUAAGAUCUAUGAUAGUUUUUUUUCCAGAGUUCCAUUAAAUCAUUUAUUUCCUUUACUUUCUCACCUCUGUUGAAACAUUUAGAAACUGGAUUUGGGAACCCAAUUUUGGAAAACCAGAUUCAUAGUCAUCAAAAUGGAAACUUCCAUAUUCUGUUUUUGAAAAGAUGUGGCCAUUAUUACAGUAAUUUUAUUCUAGGACUUUGCCUCGUACAAUUAAUAGUGAUAUUUUGGACAAGGAGUUCUGGUGACCAGCUAUACCUAAUUAUAAGCUAUAAAACAAUAGAUAUGAGUGUUUGUACAGUUUAACUCAAUGGAGAUCAGAAUAUUCUAUGUAUUGAGAAAAUGUUUAAUAUCAGUCUAUAAAUCUUGAAUUUCUAAGAGGCUUAUUUUGUUCUUUUGGCUGAAUGAGUAUAUUUGAAUUGGUUGAAUAAUUAAUAAUUCUCAUUGUAAAAAUAAUUAUAUGCCCAAAAUAUAUUUGAUGUUAAAUCAAAUAGAUGAUUCUGUUUACAUUGUUCAUAUGAAUAAUAAUCUGUGUUAAUUUCAUUUUGAUAAUUGGCCUUUAAUAUUUGUAUCUCUAAUUUUAUUUUCUCUCUGUUACUGUAAAAUAAUAGCUAUAAUGUAUAACAAUUUUCUUCAGAAGAAUUCUAUGCUAUUAUUAAAAUAAAAUAUUUACUGUGUAUUGCCUGAAGUAUUUUUAUUUAUCUGGGCCUUGAAAUCAUCUUGUAAAGAAAAAUUCCACAAUGCUUGAUGUUAAACAUGUCUCUUCUUUAAUGUGUGCCUCAUAUUUUUACAGCUGGACUAAUUUUUAAUUUUCCAGGGAAAUUAAAGGAGUGAAUAUGGAAAUACUAAUUGCAUUUGUUUUCACUUCAUUCUUGGAAGGUGAAUGCCAAAGUGAAAACUUUUGACUGAUUGAAAUAAUUUUAUAUCAAUAAUGAAUCAAUUUCUGCCUGCAAUGUGAACAUGAAAUUUCCAUUGACA